GAAUUUCAUUCAGCAUAUAAAGAGGCCAUAAAACAGCCAAGAGUGACAUUGAAGUAAUUUGUGUCCAAGAACAGUUGAUCCACAAGGAUGUCGACUCGAGCACAACGAAAGCUAGAUUUUCCUGUGAGGAAGUCAACAAGAUCUCAGCGGAAACUUAAACCAGUGGAGGAAGUUCAGGAUGAAAACUCACCCCUUAUCGCACUGAAACCAAGAACACCCAGAAAAAGAACAAAAAAAUCUGCAAAAGAUGUUGAGAAUGAGGAAAAUGUUGAAAAUAUUUGUGUAAAACCAGUGGGGGUGUCACCGAGUAAGAAGAAAAAAGAAUCCAGGACGUUGAUUGACACAGAUGAAAACUUGUCUGUUAAACCAGUCAGAAAUAACAGUAGACGACAGACAAAUGCAUCCCCUUCACAGGUUAAAGACAGCGACACGCCAGUCAAAAACGUAAGAAGGUUGACUGGCAGAAAGCUACUGGAAUCUCCUCCCAGGCCACCAAUGAGGUGUUUGCUACCAGAAACGCCCAAAACUCCAAAAACUGUUCUACAGAUUCAUAAACAAGAUAGCACUCCAUAUCAGAAAGCAAAGAAAGUGUUGCACACAGCCAAACCGGACCGAUUAGUGUGCAGAGAGAAAGAGACGGAGCAGAUUACGGAGUUCCUGGAGGAGAACAUUAGUGGGGGGUCAUCUGGGAGUCUGUACAUCUCUGGGGCCCCAGGGACGGGCAAGACAGCUGUGUUAACCACUGUGAUUGAUAAAAUACAGAAGAAGUAUCACUGUAAAACAGUGUAUGUGAACUGUAUGACGUUGAAGGACUCGCAGGCCAUAUUUAGUAGAUUAGCCUCAGAUAUUACCGGGAAACAAACGACCUGUCGAACAGCGAAAGAUGCCAUGGUUUUCUUGGAAAAACACUUCACUUCUAAAGGCAGUAGCAUAAUUUUAGUUUUAGAUGAGAUUGACCAGUUAGACAGUAAACGCCAGAACAUUCUCUACACAAUGUUUGAGUGGCCAGCUCUUCCCAAGUCCAGAUUAGUUUUAAUUGGAAUAGCCAAUGCCCUGGAUUUGACAGACAGGAUAUUGCCGAGGUUACAGGCACGCCCUAAUUGUAAACCUAAACUGUUGAAUUUCACUCCCUACACAAAAAACCAGAUUGUCAAAGUUCUUCAGGAUCGUUUAGAAAAGUUGGAAAUCGAUGGAACACCAGUGAUGGAGCCAAGUGCAGUGCAGUUCUGUGCUCGCAAAGUGUCAGCGGUUGCAGGCGACAUGCGCAAGGCGCUGGAUGUAUGUCGCAGAGCUGUGGAAAUGGUGGAGAAGGAUGUCAAGUCCCAGUCAGUCCUUAAACCAACAUCUGUCGAAUGUAACAGCCCAAGCAAGUCUCCUCCAGUGCCAAAGAAGAUAGGUAUUACCCACAUAGCCAGUGUCGUAUCAGAAGUCUACGACUCCAAAAUGUCCUCCGCCCAACAGGAACGACAGACGAUUCCGCUACAGCAGAAGCUGGCUGUCUGCACCAUGUUACUGCUGUCUAAGGAAGGGAAGUUCAAGGAAGUUACAAUAGGGAAAUUACAAGAGACUUACAACAAGCUGUGUAAGCGGCGUCAGGUGACUUGUGUGGACCAAUCAGAAUUCUUUACACUGUGCGACCUCAUAGCCAGUCAGGGCAUCCUGGCAAUCAAGAAAGGGAAGGAAGCAAGGCUGGCUAAGGUGAGCUUGAAGUACGAUGAGCAGGAGUUGGAGCACGCUUUACAGGACAAGCUGCUUAUAUCGUCUAUUCUACAGCAAGGAAUUCCAAAAUAAGUUUAGAUUUUGUGUGUGGUAGUAGGUGGUGCGUGUCGAAGAAAUCGUUCAUUUUUGUACAAGAUAAAAUUACAUAUUUUGUGACAGGCAAUGCAGUGUUGUCACUUAUACCUAAUUCCUGAUCAAAGUUUAGAAACAGGCUAUUGUAAAAUAUUUUUAUGAAAAAAGUCGAAACGUAUUAUGGAUUGAUAUGAUGGCUAUAUUUUUAAGUGUAAAAUAUUUGAGCAAAUUUCUUAAAUUAAUAAAUUAUUUUACAGUUUAAAGUGAACCUUUUAGGGUGCCCUUGAGCAUGAGUAUUUAUUGGGUAAAUUUUUUAAUAGUGAUGCAGCAAUUCUUUAACAGUUGUAUCAACUGGACUAUGUAAUACUGAGAUGAAGCAACCCAUUCAUUGAAGUGUUCCAACUUGAAUUACUGGUAAUGAACAGGUUUAGUCUUGAGAUGUGAUUAAGAUCAGACAUAUGUCUGAGAUUUAUAUUUUCUUUAAACUCACGUUUUUAUGUUACAAAUUGUUUCCGUUAUCUGUGUUUGUUUUAGUUUCCAAUACGCAAUGUUUGACACUGGAAAUAAACUUUUAUUGUUUUAAUUAUGAA